AUGGCUCAGCUUGAGGUCCAGGUCAGCCCAACAGUCAUCUUAUCCGUCGCAGAUCACCGUCGGCGAAUACUUGCAGAUGGUGGACCGGAAAACCGCCGAGUGUUGGGCUGUUUAAUUGGCACCUGUUCAGAGGGAACGGUGCGGGUAACAACGAGCUUUCCCGUUCCAUUUUCUGAAGCUCGCGGGCAGGAUGGCGUAUUUUAUAUAGACAUGCUGUACCAGAAGAAGAUGCUGUCUCUCUACCAACGCGUCUACCACUUCGAGGGUGUGGUGGGUUGGUACACAAGUGGGACUGCCAUUCAGGUUGCAGAUAUGGUCAUCCACGAGCACCUAGGGUUUAAGAAUGAUCACACAAAGGUUCUACUGUGUGUCGAUUGCACUGAGCUCAGUUCGGACAUCGAUGUUUACAGACCGUGCAUUCGUGCAUACGCCUUCGCUACAGUCAAUGGGGUGAUAUCUGCACACCUUAUUGCAUCAAAGGUCAUGGUUUCAGACGUUGAGCGGGUCGUUUUGAGCGGGGACUCUGCCACAGAUAACUCCGUCUCUACUGGAGCAAUAACGUCUCACACAGGAAGUUCCACCUUUCCUAUGCAGAUUAGGCAAUAUUCGGCCGCUCUUCAGAUUCUUGAAGAGGAAAUUCGCCACAUUAUUUCUCACCUUGAGGAAAGAGAAGCAGAUGUGGACCCGGAAAUCUUGGUCCUUGUGCAGGAGACAAUUAACCUUCUCUUGGGUAUAGAUGUGACAGAGCUUAUUGGAAGUGAGCACAGAGCCAUGGCCUGUGGCUAUGUCGUCAGCGACCUCGUGCAGACUGUCCUUGCUGUCCAAAAGGUAAUCGGAUCACUGAAGCCAGUCACUUCGUAA